CCCGUACGUACGUACGUACGUCUUUGAAUGCCUAAGCUGUCUGUCCGCCUCUGUUGCCCAUUCACACAGGGCAACUUAGCAUAUCUAUCAUGUGUACGUCAAAAAUUACAACGCCACAGCACCCACCUAAUAUAUAUCGCCCACAGCCUAGCUAUCCUAUCUAUGCCUCAGUGUCCAAAAGCUUAAGCUUACUCACUACACGCCGCGCCAGUGCAAGCUCCCAAUCCAAAGCACAUAAGGACCACCGAGAAGGACGAGUGUGGCACACCGACCGCACCACACAUCACCACAGAGAGCAGCCGCAGCUCUUCUUUGUCGACUUGCCUGGGUGGGGGGAUGAAGAGAGCAGACAGACAGACAGACAGACAGGGAAGCAUUGAUUGCACAAUGAUUGCGUGUGCAUGUGUGGCCCCGUACGUACGUCUGGGAAUGGCCGGCUGUGUGACGCUCGCGUACGUCGGGAUGGUGCCCGUCUGGCCGGGUGGAGCCUGUGGAAAAUACAAACAAAACACGUAGCCAGCCAACACUCUCUCUGCGUGUGUGGGUCUUUCUUUUUGCACAGACCGACCAGACGAUAGUGGUGGAACGGCGGCCUGUGGACCACAGGAAACACAGGACGGCCGCCGACCACAUAUGGGGGAGGGAAACCCACAACGUGCUGGAGCUGAUGGCAUCAUGCAGACCAGACAGACAACAGCACGGCAAUGGAUAAUAGGUCCCCGUGCAGUGCAUGCAGCAGCCUACGGGAAUCACGACUGAGUGAGGUCCUGCGUGGCGAAUCGGGUGGGCAUAGUACUGGUGUGAGAUCACUGCAGGGGCAACACGUGUUGUAGGCGCCGGCUGCUGCCCGCCGAGGGGCCCUGCCAACACGGAGAGACACCAGCAAGACAGAGGACGGAAGGUAAUAUCAAUUAAUCUCUAUGCCGCUGGGUGUGCAGCGCCCCGCCCUGCUGACCAGUCACAUGCUGCUCCAAGUGCUCGUCAGUGCUUCCUAUCUGGUUGUCGUCGUCGGGGCUGGCCUGUCCACCGCCUCCCUCUCUGUCUGUCUCGCCCUCUUUGCUCUCGCCUGCCGCACAGAAGAGACGAGGAGAGUGCAUACCUGUCUGUGCCUGCGGGGAAGGAGGGCGCCGUCCCUCACCCUGCUGGUCUUCCACACGCUGCUCGUCAGUGUUCUGCUGCUCGGCUUCCUGUGCACGAUCUCCCCCCUGGGUAUUCGUCUCAGGCUCGGCCUCGUUGUUGUUGUCUGCCUCUCUAUCUGCGAGAAGUGCCAUGCACACCGGCCUGUGGGGCAGGUGUUUUUUGGUUCUUGCAAGGGCGUUGGUCACCUUCCUGUUCGGCCCCCUCGCCCUCUCGCCCUGCUUCAUCCGUGAGACCCCCGAGUUCUGCUGACACACAACAUCCAUGGCGCACGAGGUGUGUUUGUGUGCCCUCCCCUCCCCGGCUGCAUGUCAUGUGCUCACCGGUCUGUUGCCCAACUGGAUUCUCCUGCUCCUGCUCCUGUCCCUGCGUCGCCCCACCCCCAGUUUCGUGUUCCGCAUCAGGCGGCGAGGCGAAGGGUGCUGCGGGCAGCUGUGGUGAGGGGAGGGAGGAGCACAUGGAUGAGGGGAUGGACGACACCACCCCUACCGUCACGUUGUUGAUCAGAUACGACAUCGUGG